CUCUUCCUCCUUGUGCUUUUUCUCCCCUUCUUUUUUCUCGAAUAGCAACAAGCUUGUAAAAAAUGCGAAUCACACAGUAUUGGUUAUCAAUGGCAGCAGCGGCAGCUUUGGUUUUGGACACGUUCACAGCUAUUGCUGCUCUUCAGCAGCCACAACGUCUCGAUAAAAACGUCUUGCUGCAUGACGACAUCAACAUUUUGGCUUCGUCGCCUAAGCAACAACUUGGGCGACGUGGAUUGCCUGGUAUUGAUCGUGGCGAACCGAUUAUUAUCGACACGGAUCCGGGCGUGGAUGAUGUGCUCAACAUAUUGCUCAUGCUACUGUCGCCAGAGGUGGAUGUGAGAGCCAUUACUUUGGUCCGUGGUAAUGCGGACAUAGAAAACGCUACGCGAAACGGCGUCACUGCGUUCCAAACUGUGUAUGAGCAAUACAAGUACUUCCAUCAACGUAUUCCACCACCCCAUGGAUUGUCAGUCCUAGCCGUCGGGGCAGGCAAGGCUUUGGAACCGGAUUAUGCAAUGGGACCGGAUGGAUUUAUGGGAAAAGACGCUAUCGGUGACAUCUUCACUCUGGGCAUGUACGAUCCUCCAAUUGACUGGAGAACCAAAGCAUACGAGAGCAAUGGAGAGGAUGGCACGUUUUUCAGAAGCACCCCUCGGAAUGGCCCCAAGGAAAUUCUUCAUCAGUUGAAGCAUACCCCGCCAUUGACAAUGACGAUCCUAGCUGUUGGUCCGUUGACAAACCUUGCAACUGCAUAUAAUAUUGACCCUGUUACAUUUAGUCGUGCCAAGCGAAUUGUCAUUAUGGGAGGAGCGGUGACGAGUUCUGGUAAUAUCACGCCGUAUGCUGAAUUUAACUUUGCCGAUGACCCGGCUGCUGCCAAUAUUAUUCUCGGAACAUCCAAAGGAUUCGAUGAAGCAACAAAGGAUAUGCAUGAGUCCCGACUCAAAUUGAUCAAGAAGGGCAAAUCGGCACCUAUGGAAGUUGUACUUUUACCCUUGGAUAUCAGUCAAGGCAACUUUGUCAUCACAAAAGAAGACUAUUUCGAGCAGAUCAAGAAGUUAGACACGCCUAUUGGUAAACUCAGUACGGCCAUGUUAGAUCUAGUAUUCGUUCGUAAACCUGAAAAGCACCUUGAAAAGAAUGGUGAAGCAAUGAUCAGCUUAGACUCGAUAGCCGGUGUCAUGUUGUUGGACUUGGUCAAUGGUGUAUUCGAAAAGAACUGGGAAUCGAAAUACUUUGAUUUGCGCGUUGAAACACGAGAUAGCGAAUAUUUGGGCGCUUCACUGUAUCAUGAUACCAAAAAUUACAGUAACGUGAGAGUUGCCUUGAACGGCGAUGGAGAUCACUAUAACGAAUUGAUGAUGACGCGCUUGUUCUCGGAUAAUAUCUAGUUCUGUAUAAAAAGCAAUAUGGACGAAUGAAUACAUACGAAAUGUAUAUUUCUAGCUAGUUGCCGGGUUCAUUGGUGUGGCGUUCGAUGCUCUCUUGUUUAAUACUAUGGUGACAGCGACUGCCGCCACAACAGCAGUAUAGGCUGUUUAUUAAAAUUACGAUGCUAUAGCUUCCUCGUUAUCACUGAUUUAACACGUAUCUCGGUACCACUAUAGCGAUAAUUUUCGAAGCUAAUCUGAUAUAGAAGAUUUCUAUGGUGCGUUCGCCUUAUGACCGUCAAUUUUAUACCUCAGCUUUACUCUCUUAUAACGUCCCCAAAAGGCAAUUAUACAGUCCAACGUGCUUCAAGAUAUCUUUUUUUAACUCGUUUGCUUUCGCUAUUGA